AUACAACCUAUCCUAAAUGUAAAUAAAAAAGUUCCAGCACAUUGAGGAAUAACAUGUUAUAUGUGAUGUUGUUUCUACUGUGACGGAAUCUGUUGGAGGUCAACAUUUUAUUUAGUGUGUAAUGAACUCUGAACCUGAGGAAAUACCUGAAGCGGUGCCGAGUAGAGAACACUUGUAGAGGAUAUAGACUACUGAAGCCUUAUCUUCAAUACUUCUUCAGCAAUGUAUUUUCUGUGUAACUACCAUUUUCUGUUUUGUUUAUUCAGUUCCCCAAGACUGAAUAAGUAAAAAGGGCACAGUUCCAAGUAUGAAAUAUUCAUGUACUUCUUUAGCUCCUCUUGAGGAAGAGUUCUCCCCAUGUUUCUGAGUGGGAUGUGACCAAUCUCUGUCAACAGUUUCAACUGUUAUUGAUGCAUCUAACAACAUACAGAGUAGAGAACCAGUUCUGUCACUGCUGCAGGGCAUCUCAGCCUGGCCCUAGUUUAGUGGUGUCUGACUGGCCCUGUGGUGAUCCCUUACCAUGCAGUCCUCUGUGCCAGAACAGGACGACUCCUUUGACUUCCUUUUUAAGAUUGUCCUGGUGGGAGACUCAGACGUGGGGAAGACCUGUGUGGUCCAGAGAUUUAAGUCUGGUGUCUUCAUGGAGAAACAGCAGAACACUAUCGGGGUGGAUUUCACUGUCAGAACCAUGUUCAUCAAUGGCAGGAAUGUCAAGCUGCAGGUGUGGGACACAGCUGGACAGGAACGUUUCCGCUCAAUCACCCAGAGUUAUUACCGCAGCGCCCAUGGCGCCAUAGUGGCCUACGAUAUCACACGCCGGCCAACCUUUGACUCUUUGACACACUGGAUCCAGGAAGUGGAACAAGACGGGGCUGCAAGCGUUGUGCUCAUACUCAUUGGGAACAAGUCAGACCGGCAGGCGGAGAGACAGGUGCUGUUUGAGGAUGCCUGUACCCUGGCUGAGGGGCGGGGUGCGCUGGCCGCCCUGGAGACCUCUGCGAAGGAGGCCCAGAAUGUGGAGGCAGCCUUCAUGCUCAUGGCCCGGGAGCUGAUGGUGAGGAACGGCCUCGCGCUCACAGACCAACACUCAAAGGCCUCCCCACACUUCUUCCCAAACUCCCAUCCAAUCCAUGGCACGGAUCCUACAAACAGGGAGUCAUGUUGUUGAGAGAAUUGACAGGAAGCGUGGGAGAGGGUUUGUGGUGCUGAUAACUUGGAAUCAACAUCACCUACAGUCCCUUGACACUUGCAGAUGUAAAGCCACAAAGCCCACUCAUUUUUGACUGCUUACUUCUACAGGUGCUGUCAAGAAGUAUGCUUCGGGAUAGGGGAUGAGUGUACUAUAUUGUGUGGAUGUGAUAUGAGUACUCUACUGAUAAUGGCAACUGUCACUGAGUUUUCCAGUAGUUUAAACAUGGCUGCCAGUAGUCAAACACUUGUUACCAGUACUUAAUGUUAAGUAUCCCUUGCCACCUGUGGCUUAUUGUAUAUGGGGGGGAAUUAUGUAUUCACCUUAUGUUGGAUAUGUAACAAUUAUUUACAUAAACAGUGAGAUAUUUUUAUCCUGCUAAUGCUGAGUGUUAUGGUGUCCACUCUAACUUCCCAGAGAUAAAGCCUACAGCUGGCCUUCCAGGGACAGGAUGUGGGGAGGUUGUAACUGUUAGUAGAAUAAAGGCCUCAAUGGUUCUUAAACAUCCUGGCCUGGGAAAUUAGGCCAGGGUCGGGGGUUAACAUAACGCCAGCAGAAAAUAAAGACAGGAUGGGCUCAUGGUGCCCCCCCCCAAUCUAUAUGGGAGGGGUGGAACCAAGCAUUCUGGGUAUUAGCUAUAUGAACUGCAUUGUCUGUAUGAUUCAGACUCUUGGCCUAACAGUCUCAUUAUUGCAAUAAUUAAUAUUAAAUAAAGAUGAUUGUUUGAAGAAAUGA